UUAAAGUCAGAAGAUAUGAUACUUCAAUUUAUGCUUACUGUUACACUUUUAAGAGUGGGUUUUAGGAAAUGUUGCCCCUUUAAAUAUGUUGGAGGACCUUGACCUUUAUAAACCGUGCACUAAUGCACUAUGGGAUGGCACCUUUUCCUGUUGGUAGUUUGUACUGUGCUUAGUUUGCUGCUGAAGGUUUGCCGUCAGGUAUUUCAUGUGUACAGGUUUACUAAACGUAGAUGUGUUAAUGCAAAACUGCAGAAAGUUAGAUAUAUGCUAUGUUUAUCUAGCUUUUGUUUGUCACAGUUUUAGUCAAUGUACUUUGUUUUGCAAACAUUGCUGGCACUAUUUUUUUUCAUUGCUAUUUCCUGGAGGAAAACAAGACAUACCCUUGGAUUUUGGAUUACAGCUGUGUUUUUUGGUCUUUGUGUCAUUUUUCUGGAGCGCUCACGGACAACCACACAAACCGGUGAGACCGAACUGAUUUAUUAUUAUUUUUGUACGGUGGAUUUUUGUUUCAUUUCCUUUUACUUUAUUUUUGUUGGUGGAUUACAAACUUAAUUUUGAUUUUUGGGGUUUUUUUUAUUUUUUGUUUGUUUAUGAAACUGGACUAUUAUUUUGGGACAUUUCUACUGAACAUUAUUUUUAAUUAUUUAUUGCCUCUGUAGGUUUACCAGUGGAUUUACCACCAUCCUAUUUCUGUUUCGACUUAAUUUUAUAUGCAUGGGUCAGCAGCUACCCGAGGUACUGUGGGUCAUAAAAUUGUUUGGUAAUCUGUGUGUGUUGGACAAAUGUUUUGGAAUUAAAUGUUUUGCACCCAAAUGAACCUAGCAAUCCUAUUUUUGCUGUGUAUCUGCCUUUCUCCGAUCUACUUUUUAUGUCAUUUUUAAGGAGUUUUUGGUAGUAACCUAUUCUUAUUCUGGGAAUGUUGUGUUGGCCUUUUGGGUCAAAGGUAGAUUGUUACAAGGGUAUUAUUAUUAUUAUUAUUAUUAUUAUUAUUAUUAUUAUUAUUAUUAUUAUUAUUAUUAUUAUUAUUAUUAACAGGUGGACUGGAACACAUCUACAGAAGUUUACUGUCUAUGCCUGUUGUGUUUUUGAUAUCAAUUCUAACCAUGUCUCCUCUACUGUGUUCUUUCACUCAGAGAUCUGCGUGCAUAGAAAUAAAGGAAAGUGAGAAGAUCUUUACUGAGCUGAUCCGAUCCAUUGAGAAGAUCCACACUGAGGUUAUUGAGCUGAUUGGAGCUAACGAGAAGGCUGCAGUGAAUCAGGCUGAAGGACGCAUGAAGAAACUGGAGCAGGAGAUUGCUGAGCUAAGGAGGAGAGACGCUGAGCUGAAACAGCUUUCAGAGACAGAGGAUCACAUCCAUUUUCUACAGAAUUUCCAGUCUCUCUGUGCCCCUCCUGAAGCUGGAGACUUACCCAGCGUUACUGUCAAUACCGGCAUCUCUUUUGGGGCUGUGAGGAAAGCUGUAUCUGAACUUAAAGACCAUAUUGUGGACUUCUGCAAGGGGGAAAUAGUCAAAAUAACCACAUCAGUGAAUGAAGUUGCAGUUUACAGUCUGCAGGCUCCAGAGCCAAGGAACAGAGCUGAGUUUUUAAAAUCAAAGGAAAAGUGUGAAGUGGAAAUGAAGGACCAGCCAGCGCCUCGACGAAGACGCAGUAAUAAGAAGAACCGUCCUAACAUGUCUGGAUGUGAAGGGAGUGCAGAAGAGGAAACAGGAGAGACAGAGGAACAAGAACCAGUGAACAAAGUUGCAGUUUACAGUCUGCAGGCUCCAGAGCCAAGGAACAGAGCUGAGUUUUUAAAAUAUUCCUGUCAGCUCACACUGGACCCCAACACAGCGUAUGAAGAGCUCUGUCUGUCUGAAGGGAACAGAAAGGUGACACGGAGGAGAGAGACCCAGAGAUAUCCUGAUGAUCACCCAGAGAGAUUUGAUAGCUGGGAACAAGUGCUUUGCAAAGAGGGUUUGUCUGGGACUCGCUGUUACUGGGAGAUUGAGUGGAGUGGGGGAUGGGCUUUUAUAGGAGUCACAUAUAAAGGAAUCAGCAGGAAAGGAUGGGAUGGUUCCUGUGUCCUUGGAUGCAAUGACAAGUCCUGGAGUUUGCUCUGCUCUGAUUCCAGUUACACUGCCCAGCACAAUAACAAUGAAACUGCAAUAACUGCCCCCCACUCCCCCAGAAUAGGAGUGUAUCUGGACUUUAAUGCCGGCACGCUGUCCUUUUAUGGCAUCUCUGACACAAUGACCCUCCUGCACAGAUUCCAAACCACAUUCACUGAGCCGCUCUAUCCUGGGUUUUGGCUUCAUUGUUAUGAUUCCACUGUAACAAUCUGCCAACUGAACUAGACUGUUUUGUGUUGUAAGAAACCCUUUGUCCUCUCCACUCCUCGGGUGAAGGGAAUGUUCAAUCUGACACAACUUUGGAUGAAAGUUAGGGGGUAAAACGGCACCACCUGCAGAGCGAAACGAGGUGAAUUAUUUGUAUUUAGCAACGAAUGGAUUUCAUACGAAAUAACUGUAUUUAAUUUCUAUUUUAAGAAUUGUUAUGUUUUAUAUAUAUUUUAAAAAUGGCCUCCAAUAGUCAGUACUGUAACAGUUUUUUAAAAAGUUUGCUUUAUUGUGUGUGUGUUUUUGUUCUUUGAUUUCCAUAAAAUGUUUGUUCUGUUUAUUUUUUUCAGAUUUUAGCAAUGUGAUUUAAUAAAAGUAA